AUGACCGUCCCACGCAUCAUUGAGUUGGCAACACGCAUUGCUGCAUAUAUCACCCGUUUCGUCUGCCGAAAUGGCUUCUCCCUGGCCAACAACACCGACCAGCCCAUGUAUGACUUCGUAUCGGAACACCUAGAGCGCUCGCGUCGCCUUGCCAAUAUAAUGGUAGGCGACUCGCAAGGCUUCGUAUGCGUAGCCCUCGCUCGCAAGUUCCACUCCAUCUUCUUCAUCGUCCAGGACCUCGAGUGUGUCGUCACGGAGUGCAGCAAAAACGCUCCCUCGGAUGCUUCCAGCCAGAUAUUCUUCAUGGCGCACGACUUCCUCACGCCGCAGCCUAUCUACGGUGCAGACGUCUACUUCUUCCGGUGGAUCUUCCACAACUGGUCGGACAAGUAUUGCAUCAAGAUCUUGCGAAAUCUCAUUCUGGCUCUAAAACCGGGUGCGAAGAUCAUCAACGCGAAGGAGAGGGAGCUAGAGGACUGGGCGGAACUGUUCCGGAGUGCGGAUGAGCGGUUCGAGUUGCAAGAGCCUAUACAGCCGCCUGGUUCGCAUCACUCCAUAAUGGUGGUACUGUGGAACGGCCCUUAA